CCUCGAUACACUGCUUUCCCAUCCCCCAACGUCCCCGAUCAUCGCGUUUGGCAUCGCGAUAUCGUUUUGCGAGUCGGAGAAGUCGCCAAGAUCGACCGUGAAUCUUUUACCUCCGCCCUUUUUCGACUUUCGCGACGUCGGAGAACAAGGUCGCAGGCGCCCUCGUGGCAAGGGCUGCCAAAGGCCUCACCCGGCCAGCUGCUUGCAAUUUUUUUCAUCGUCGCUUCUGCACGCCUGAAUAAUUGACAGAAUAGAGCUAUCUGAGUUGUUUCUCAGCAGUAUUUCAACCUUAGAUCUGUUCGACUCGUGAUUCAGCCCAUCUCUCGAGUGACACGUUUCCGCGACAACAGCCAUCAUGUCGAACGUCUACUUUCCCUAUUCCAAGGCGCCUUUGCGCACCAUCAAGGAAAUUCAGUUUGGUCUCUUCUCACCUGAAGAAAUUAAACGAAUGAGUGUGGUCCAUGUGGAGUAUCCAGAGACUAUGGAUGAGCAAAGGCAACGGCCGCGGACAAAAGGUCUGAACGAUCCUCGCUUGGGAACCAUCGAUCGGCAAUGGAACUGCGAGACUUGUGAGGAAGGCCAGAAGGAAUGUCCGGGACAUUUUGGACAUAUUGAGCUUGCCACUCCUGUUUUCCAUAUUGGUUUCUUGACGAAAAUCAAGAAGCUACUUGAGACGGUCUGCCACAAUUGUGGAAAGAUCAAAGCCAACACGUCUGAUUCCAAGUUCCUUGAAGCCCUACGCAUGAGAGAUCCGAAGAGACGUUUCGACCACAUCUGGCGACUAUCGAAAGAUGUCACGAUAUGUGAAGCUGACCCUCCUCCGGAUGAGGACGAACCGUAUGCGAAAGAGAGCUCCAAACCAACGAGAAUGCACGGCGGGUGCGGAAAUGCCCAACCGACUAUUCGCAAAGAGGGAAUCACCUUGGUGGGGACAUGGAAACCUAGCAAGAGUAUGAUGGACGAGAUGGAUAUGCAGCAGCCAGAGAAGAAGACAAUCACUCCCCAGAUGGCUCUGAACAUCUUCCGUAACAUCUCUCACGAGGAUGUUCGUAUAAUGGGGUUGAGCAAUGACUAUGCUCGCCCUGAGUGGAUGGUUCUCACUGUCUUGCCGGUGCCGCCGCCCCCUGUCCGUCCCAGUGUGCUUGUGGGUGGUAGCACCAGUGGCCAGCGCGGUGAGGAUGAUCUGACAUACAAGCUGGCUGAAAUUGUUCGGGCAAACCAGAAUGUCCAGCGUUGCGAACAGGAAGGCGCUCCAGAGCACGUGGUUCGGGAGUUCGAGUCUCUACUGCAGUAUCAUGUCGCCACGUACAUGGACAACGAUAUUGCUGGCCAGCCAAAGGCGAUGCAGAAGUCAAACAGACCGGUGAAAGCUAUUCGCAGCCGUUUGAAGGGUAAAGAAGGUCGUUUGCGACAGAACUUGAUGGGUAAGCGUGUGGAUUUCUCAGCUCGUACUGUCAUUACGGGUGAUCCCAACCUGUCCCUUGAUGAGGUUGGUGUGCCAAAAAGUAUCGCAAGAACUUUGACAUACCCCGAAGUUGUCACGCCGUACAACAUCGAUAAAUUACAGCAGCUCGUCUCGAAUGGUCCCAACGAGCACCCUGGAGCAAGGUAUAUUGUGAGAGAUAACGGUGAACGUAUUGAUUUACGCCAUGCUAAACGAGCUGGAGGCCAACAACUACUGUACGGAUGGAAGGUAGAGCGUCAUGUCAUGGAUGGUGAUGUGAUUCUUUUCAAUCGGCAGCCCUCACUUCACAAGGAGUCUAUGAUGGGUCACCGCGUCCGCGUUAUGCCGUACUCCACAUUCAGGCUCAACUUGUCUGUGACAACUCCUUACAACGCCGAUUUUGACGGUGAUGAGAUGAACUUGCAUGUUCCUCAAAGUGAAGAGUCUCGCGCGGAACUACUCCAGCUUGCUCUGGUUCCUAUGAACAUUGUAUCCCCCCAGCGAAACGGACCUCUUAUGGGUAUCGUACAGGAUACUCUCUGCGGUAUCUACAAGAUUUGUCGGCGUGAUACAUUCUUGACAAAGGAGCAAGUAAUGAAUCUUAUGAUGUGGGUUCCUGAUUGGGACGGCGUUAUCCCCCCGCCAGCAAUUCUGAAACCUAGGCCCAGAUGGACUGGUAAGCAAAUUAUUAGCAUGGCGCUUCCUUCAGGGCUCAAUCUUCUCCGUGUGGAUAAGGACAACUCCGCGCUCUCUGAGAAGUUUGCCCCUCUGAAUGAUGGUGGUCUUCUCAUCCAUGGUGGACAGUUGAUGUAUGGAAUGUUUUCAAAGAAGACUGUCGGUGCCAGUGGCGGUGGUGUCAUCCACACCAUUUUCAAUGAGUAUGGACCAGGAACUGCUGUGGCCUUCUUCAACGGUGCACAGGCUAUUGUCAACUACUGGCUGCUCCACAAUGGUUUCAGUAUUGGUAUUGGUGACACCAUCCCAGACGCAGUCACUAUACAAAGAAUUGAGAACUGCGUCCGGGAACGAAAGAAGGAGGUUGAAACUAUUACUGCAAGUGCUACGGACAAUACCCUGGAGCCGUUGCCUGGUAUGAACGUACGAGAAACCUUUGAAAGUAAGGUAUCGCGUGCACUUAACAAUGCUCGUGACGAAGCUGGUAGUGAAACUGAAAAGAGCUUAAAGGAUCUGAACAACGCCAUCCAGAUGGCUCGUUCUGGAUCAAAGGGAUCAACCAUCAACAUUUCGCAGAUGACUGCUGUUGUGGGUCAACAAUCCGUCGAGGGUAAACGUAUCCCGUUCGGUUUCAAGUAUCGUACUCUGCCCCAUUUCACAAAGGAUGACUAUUCUCCAGAAUCCCGUGGUUUUGUGGAGAACUCCUACUUGCGUGGGUUGACGCCCACUGAGUUUUUCUUCCACGCCAUGGCUGGUCGUGAGGGUCUUAUUGAUACAGCUGUCAAGACCGCAGAAACUGGCUAUAUUCAGCGAAAGCUGGUUAAGGCCUUGGAAGAAGUAAUGGUGAAGUACGAUGGUACUGUCCGUAACUCUUUGGGAGAUAUUAUACAGUUUAUCUACGGAGAAGAUGGCCUUGACGGUGCUCAUAUUGAGAACCAACGAGUUGACGUCAUUAAAUGCUCUGACGACAAGUUUAGAGACCGUUUCCGUGUCGAUCUCAUGGACCCUGAGCGCAGCUUAGGUCCAGAGGUCUUGGAACAGGCCAAUGAGAUUGCAGGCGACGUCGAAGUCCAGAGAUAUCUGGAUGAAGAGUGGGAGCAACUUCUCAAAGACCGUGCUUUCCUCCGUACUGUGGCUAAGGAAGACGAGGAGAUGAUGCAGCUUCCAAUCAACGUCCAGCGAAUUCUCGAGAUGGCCAGGACUACGUUUAGGAUCCGCGAGGGAACAAUCAGCGAUCUGCACCCAGCAGAAGUUAUUCCUCAGGUGCAAGCAUUGCUUGAUCGGCUGCUUAUCGUGCGCGGUGAUGAUGUGAUUUCUCGGGAAGCCCAGGAGAAUGCCACACUACUGUUCAAGGCGCAACUUCGGAGUCGCUUAGCGUUCCGAAGACUGGUCACCGAGUACUCUAUGAAUAAACUUGCGUUCCAGCAUGUUAUUGGAGCUAUCGAAAUGAGGUUCGCUAAAGCUAACGCUCCUGCUGGUGAAAUGGUUGGCGUUCUCGCUGCCCAGUCUAUUGGAGAGCCAGCUACACAGAUGACUCUGAACACUUUCCACUUUGCUGGUGUCUCGUCAAAGAACGUCACACUUGGUGUCCCCCGUCUGAAGGAAAUUCUCAACGUUGCAACCAAUAUCAAGACGCCUUCUAUGACGGUUUACCAGGAGCCCGGUAGGACUCAUGACAAGGAGGGUGCCAAGCAAUUGCGAAGCGUUGUUGAGCAUACUAGCUUGCGGUCUGUUACGGAGGCCACCGAGAUCUACUACGAUCCCGAUAUCCAGUCUACGGUCAUUGAAAACGACCGAGAUAUGGUUGAGUCCUACUUCAUUAUUCCCGAAGAUGUGACGGAUGACUCAUCUCGCCAGUCCAAAUGGCUACUUCGUAUCAUUCUCAGUCGGCCGAAGCUUCUUGACAAGGGUCUUACAGUGCAGGAUGUUGCUACCAGAAUUAAACAGGCGUAUCCCAAGGAUAUCGCUGUUAUCUUUAGCGACAACAACGCCGAUGAGCAGGUUAUUCGAAUCCGACAGAUCCAGGACCAUAAGGAGGAUGAAGACGAUGAUGACAUUGAAUACGACGUCACACUCAAGAAACUUGAGCAACAUCUUCUGGAUACCUUAACACUUCGCGGUGUCAACGGUGUCGAGCGAGCGUUCAUCAACGAGAAGAGUAAAGUCCGAGUCCUUGAGGACGGUUCAUUGUUCACCAGCAAGGUUGACCCCCUUUGCAAGGAAUGGGUUCUUGAAACAAGCGGCUCUGCCCUUGGCGAGGUUUUGGCGGUUCCUGGGGUUGAUGCUAGCCGCACAUACUCCAACCAGUUUAUCGAGGUGUUCGAGGUCUUUGGUAUCGAAGCCGCCCGCACAGCUGUUCUUCGCGAAUUGACACAGGUGCUUGCCUUCGAUGGUUCUUACGUCAAUCACCGUCAUUUGGCCCUCCUGGUCGAUGUCAUGACUGUCCGUGGUUACCUAACGCCAGUCACACGGCAUGGUAUCAACCGUGCUGACAACGGUGCUCUUAUGCGUUGUUCUUUCGAAGAAACGGUGGAGAUCUUGUUGGAGGCCGCAGCCUUUGGAGAAUUGGAUGACUGCCGCGGUGUAUCUGAGAACUUGAUUCUGGGACAGAUGGCACCUGCCGGUACUGGAGAGUUCGACAUUUAUCUCGAUCAGAACAUGCUCAACACUGUCGUUUCGAACAAUGCUCGCUUUGGCGUGAUGGGGGCUAUCGGCGCUAAGGAUGCGAUCAUCUCUGACGGUGCCGCCACUCAGUAUGACACUGGUUCACCGAUGCAGGAUAACGCUUACAUCGGUACACCUGAUCCCGAAUCGAACUUCUCUCCUAUCCGCCAAGCUGGUGCUGAGUCCCCUGGCGGUUUUACUGAGUAUCAGCCGACCGGUGGCUUUGGAGGCGGGUUCAGCCCAGCGGCCACGAGUCCAGCCGGCUAUUCUCCCAGCAGCCCAUUCAGUGCUAAUCCAACAUCUCCUGGCUAUUCCCCGUCAUCGAGCUACUCACCAACGUCUCCUGGUAUGGCAAUGACCAGCCCUCGUUUCUCCAUGACGUCUCCGGGUUUCUCUCCUGCCAGCCCGUCAUUCGCACCGACAUCACCUGCUUACUCGCCAACUUCACCGGCGUAUGGCCAGGCGUCGCCGACCUCACCGUCGUACUCUCCUACCUCGCCCGGGUUUUCGCCGACCUCGCCAAAUUACAGUCCUACAUCGCCAAGCUUCAGCCCAGCUUCGCCUGCAUUUAGCCCAACGUCGCCAAGCUACAGCCCAACCAGUCCCGCUAUUGGUGGUGCCGCUCGGCACCUGUCUCCUACUUCACCAACCUCUCCAAAGUAUACACCCACAUCUCCUGGGUGGUCUCCUACGAGUCCCCAGACAUACUCUCCUACCUCACCUAAUUUUGCCGGCUCGCCGACCUCACCCGGAGGACCUACAUCCCCCGGUUAUAGUCCGACGUCGCCGGCGUUCAGCCCUUCGUCCCCUCGCCAGUGAAGUUUGCUUUAAUGCGUGUCUUCUCUGUAUCAUUGUAUUAUCACUUCAUCGAACAGCCCACGAAAAAGAAAACAUUUUGCAUUCUAAGUUGCGGAAUUGGUUGGUUAUUUUUUUCCACAAUUUGGGCGUCUGUAGCCUCGUUUUUCUUUUGCCUUCCUGCAUGUAUGUUUUCUUUCAUGCUUCGGCCCAAUGGGUUUAUUCCUUAUUCAAUCGCCUCGGAGCCAGCUCGCUUAAAUUGCGAACGAGGUUUGUGGGUUGGCCAUGUUUGUUUCCUUUUCUUUCUGAGCCCUGAAAUUACCAAGCGUCUUUUAGAAUUGCCCCGGCCUACGAGGUUCAUCACUCUAGAAGUGAUUUGAUCCUUUUGCAUGUUGCUGUUUCCCCUGGUUUGCAUGGAAGAAUAUGAUUUUGCUACGGAGUGUAUUAAUGAUGCGGUCACAAAUCUUUCUCUUUCUCCUGUACACAGCUUUAGUGCGAAUGGGGUUAUGGAUGCAAAGAAAAAUAUAUAAAAAAAGCAUUAAGAAAAAAAUAAAAAGAGCAGCUAUUAUGAGAUCUAUUUAUUUCAAGAAGAAAAUCGGUACAGUGUUGAGCCUUAUCAAUCUCUGGGACUAGUUCUUGGUUUUGUAGUGUCGGCGAAAUGAACCUCCGCAUGGACAGGUGGCCCGUUCCGCCUUGGAGCUCUAAGGAAGCAUGCAAUGCAUAACU